AUGGUCCUUUUAUCUGCCGACACUGGACUCAAGGUCUGUGUGGGAGUGUUCUUUCUGAGCUCCUUCUUUCUCGCCACGUCUUACAAUGCCACUUUUGCAUUUGGUAAGCCCACCUUCGCCCUUGGAGAGGCGACGCGUGCUGACUUUCCAGAUCGCCCGGUCAGCACGGCCGUGCUCGUCUGUUUCAUUGUCGGCGCAGUCUUUCUAGGUCUCGGCCAGUUCCUUCCAACAACAUCACGGACAUCUUCUCCGAGCAAGCGGGCUGGCGUUCCACUUGCCGAACAGUUUGAACUGUCGUCGCGAACGUCGUCACGGACCUCAUUAUCCUCUUUUUCGUCGCCUAUUUUGGGAAGCUCGGAGGAUCGUGCCCCAGUUCGAUCCCUAUACUGGUGGAAAUUUGGUCUACUGGUGGUUCUAUUUUGCCUCCGGGUUGAGCUCUUCCGUCAAAUAUCUCUCGCUUCGGAGUGCACGCCAGCUGGAUAUGCAUAUACUAUUCCCUUCGUGAUCUCCGUGUAUGACUUCUGGCGCCAUCAAAGACGUCGACCAAAGGAUGAAUACGUCCAUUCGCACCGUUUCCAAACCCCGGCAAUACAGGUUGCGUAUUCAUGUUGCCGUCGCGGUCUCUACUACUUCACUCAAAGUAGCUAUAGGGGCAUCUUGGCCGCGACGUUAAUCUUGAUUGGCGGUUAUGCUGCUGCGUCAUUCUAUGAUGGUACUCGAUCAACCUACAUCUGUCCUAUUGUCCUGCGUGUGGCAUCGCGGGUACAAGGUUUCCGGCUCCUCAAUGUGCUCCUUGAUUCUAUACUACUGAUUGGUGUGACUGAGCUAUGUCAAAAUGAUUCUGGAUUCGAAGGUAUCAGGCGGAAGCGAACGUUCUUGUCGCUGGGAGCUGGUCUCCUUGGAGCUGCUUUACUAUGGACUAUAAUAGGGGGUUUCGUCUCUAAUAGUCGUCCAGAGUACAUUGGUCAGCCCUUGCUAGAUCCCAGGUACUCACGCAGUGCUUUCAGCCAAGCAGUGCUGGUGUUGCUCUUUGCUCUGUCUGCUUGGCAAUUGUUACCUCAAUUUGGAAUCCUAGGACUUUCAAUCAUUGGAGGAUUCGUAUUCACGUACUUCUCGGCAACUUCAGCUCUGCUGAUGGGGCAAAUGCCGUUCCCAUUCAUCUCCUUGGCUCAUUCGAUUAUCCCUUUGGUUGCGUCUGGUACUGGUGUAGUCUUAUUCCUCCUCUCGCGCAUCAUUUCGGACGAAGAGUCUAAGGCUCUGUUCCGAGCCAAUAUCGCUCUCCAGAUACUCGUGGUCUUCCUCUGCUUUUUGGGCCUAUGCGUAACCUCGACCAAACACCACCUCACACAUACACACCCGAUUGAUCUUCUCAUCCACGAAGGAAGUGUCCAAUACGAAGAUUACCUGGCCAAGGCUGGCGCCAGCCAAACCUUGGAAGCUGCUGUUAUAGAAUAUCGGAGACGCUAUCAGCAACACCCGCCACCGGGCUUCGAUAAAUGGUACCAGUAUGCGAAUGAGCGUUCCUCAGUUAUAAUCGAUGAAUUUGAUCAGAUAUACAAGAAUUUGUUGCCGUUUCGAGCCCUUGAUCCCUCGCACAUCCGGGAGACUACACACCAAUUAGCGACAAACCCUUUCAAUGACCUCGGGGCAAUCAGCAUUCGCAAUGGAAAACCAGAGGUCCAAGAGGGAAUAAAACCGACCCAUGCCUGGAUGGUAAAAGGCGCUGCGCAAAUGAUUGAAAAGUUCUCGGAGCAUCUCCCUGACAUGGACAUUGUUUUGAAUCUGAAUGAUGAGCCGCGAGUAGCCGUGCCAUGGGCAAAGGCACUGCCUCUGAAACGGGAAGCACGGCUCAGGGAAGCUACUUCUGAAGCAGAACUAGUGGAUACCUGGUCGUCUAAAAGAAAAGAUGGCUGGAGAUCCAUCAAUCCAGCCCACCAAACGAAUGACACAAUUUUCACGGACGGUGCAUGGCGGGGCGUCUUUGAUCCGUAUGUGAGUGCCAUCUGUUCACCUUCUUCCAAAGCCCGCACACAGAGGAUCUGGAACCGUCAUGACAUCUGCCUGGACUGCACGGAGCCUCAUACCAUGGGCCAAUUUCCUGUGGACUUCAACCUUGCCUCGGACUUUUGCCAUCAGCCCGAUCUGGCCUAUCUUCACGGGCUGCUUAUCUCCCCCCGCCUCGUUCAAGAGCUGGUUCCCGUGUUCAGUCAAAGUGCUCUUUCCGGGUUCAGCGACAUCCUGUUUCCAAGUCCCUGGAACUACAUGGAUAAGGUCAAAUACAAGCCUUCUGAGGAAUUCCCCGAUCCGGAGUAUCAUGAGAAGGAUAAUACAUUGUACUGGGUGGGAAGCACAUCUGAAGGAUACAGCCAAUUCGAUGAGUGGAAAGGCAUCCCAAGACAGCGAUUUGCGCACCUGAUCAACAACAACACGGACAACUAUGUCUCCGUACUCCUACCUGUGAAUGAGCAUUCAUACAAAUACGAAAUCAUGGGUGGGUCUGCACCCGUUGACGACUUGCAUCUAAAAACGAAUGUCCACAUCGCCGAUCCCAUUACCCGUUGCGGGGACUGCGAGAAUCAGCACGACGAGUUGGGGACUAUUUCCUGGGUUGAUUUUCAAAACCAUUGGUCUCAUCGAUAUCUGUUUGAUCUCGAUGGUGCCGGGUUUAGCGGUCGGUUCUUGCCCUUCUUACAAAGUCGCAGUCUGCCCAUGAAGACUGGCCUCUUCCGCCAAUGGUUCGAUUCGCGAGUGGUCUCGUGGCUGCACUUUGUUCCCAUCGACAUCCGGCUUCAUGGUCUUUGGAGUACACUAGCAUAUUUCUCCGGUGUGCAUGUAUCGGAAGCUACUAGUAGCGACGCCGACCCUAACAAAUCGGCACCAAUGAGGAUGGAAUCCCAUACGAAGCAGGGCAAGUGGAUCGCCGACAACGGGCGCAAAUGGAGCAAUGUUGCACUGCGCAAGGAAGAUAUGGAAAUCUAUUUCUUCCGACUUUUGCUGGAGUGGGGGCGCCUUACAGAUGACCGGAGAGAUGUACUCGGCUAUAAGCUACCUGGCUAG